AUGGCACCCACGUUGCCAGAUAUGGGUAAAUGCUUGUAUGUUUUCAAAGAAAAACUUAGUAAUUAUCCUAUAAUUUUAUCCAUAUAAAGUAUAAUAUUGUAAUUUAAUCAAAUCUUAUUUUAAUAAAAUAAUUUCAUCAAUGGACAAUUUAUAUUAUAAUAAUAUUAAUUAACUAAAUUGGCAAUGUACGAAUUGCAAUAAGGAGAUUUGAUUGGGAAUGUUUAUAAAGUUAAGAAACUACUAUCUUAAGGUUCUUUUGGUAGGGUAUAUUUGGGGAGAAACAUUGAGAGUGGAAUGAAAGUCGCAAUUAAGGUUGAAAAAUAGGAAAUGUCAAAUUGCUUUAGUAUAGAAAGAGAGGUUAGUUGAGACAUUAUUAAUAGGUAAAAAUAUUGAAGAAAUUACGAGGUAUACCUUAAGUGCCAUAGUUACUUUGGCAUGGAAAGCAUAAUGAAUUCUAAGUCAUGAUAACAAAGAUGCUUGGAUUUGACUUAAUUUACUUCUUGAAAAAACACAAAAGAUUUUCAAAUGAAUGCAUUUUCAAUAUAGCUUAAUAAAUGUUAGAGAUAUUAGAGAAUAUUCAUAAAAAGUAUUUUUUGAUAAUAUUUUUUUAGGAAUGUACUCCAUAGAGAUUUAAAACCAGAAAAUAUUUUGGGCAAAAGACAUUCAGAUCAGAUUUAUUUAAUAGAUUAUGGGAUUGCAAAAGAUUUUGUAAAAAGUAAGAAAUAAAGUUAAGUGAAAAUUCCAUUUAUCGGAACAAGCAGAUAUGCAAGUAUCACAGCUCAUCAAGGAUUGGAGUAAUCAAGAAGGGAUGAUUUAGAAUCAUUAGGUUAUGUUCUGAUAUAUCUUUUCAAACAGAAAUUACCUUGGUCUAAUUAUGAGAACAGUGAAAAUGAUCGUUUAGAAAGGAUUGGAUAAUUGAAAAGUGAAAUACCAUUGAAGGAAAUUUGUGAAGGCUGUCCACAAUAAUUAUAUAUGUAAUGACAAAACAAAAAUUUAGUUAUAUGAUUUAAGUGGCAGAAUUGAAUCAUCAAUAAAUACCAAAUUAUUAAAAGCUUAAGUCCAUUUUUUAAUUGAAAAUUAAUCACAAAUAACAUGUUAUUUUUGAUUGGUCAAACACUCAAUUGGUUAAUUCGAAAACCAGUCAAGAUAGGACUAAAAAUACUUUGAAAUAAAAUAAAUAUGACAGUGUUUAGCAGAUAAAGCUGUAUUAAAAAUAUCAAUGAUAGUAGAUCCAUUGAGAAAAUGAGUUCCAGACAUCUUCAUACAAUCACUUUCCAUGUUGACUCAAAUGCUUCUUCCUGUUUCAAUAGUCAACAAUCAAGUAGUAUGCAGCACUCCUUUGGAAGUCAUCAAAGUGUAUAAGUUGAUUUUAUGAAUUCGGAAUCAAGUGAAAAUUCUCAAAAACAACAACAAAUAAAUAAGAUUUCAACUUUUGAAGCCUUCUUAAUAACUGAUGACAUCAUGCCGAUCAAAGAUUAACUUUAGUUGAUGGAGUUGGAAAAUUAGGAUCUAGAAAUUAAGCAUAAUUUGUUACAUUACCAUUCAGUCUAUUAUAAUUUCAAAAAUCCAUUUUAGAGUUUGUUACAACUAAGAAUGAAUUGA